AUGAACAUUCACACGCAACUACCGUCGGACGUGCGGGUGCCGACGCCGGCGCAGUCGUCUUCGCCGUCCCCGUCGCAGUCGUCGCAGUCGGAGUCCUCCGCGAGCCACGCCGCGUGCUCCGACGAGGAGCCGGCCGUGGCGCUGGCUUCCAGCCGGCCCAAGAGGCCGGCUGGGCGGAAGGUCUUCAAGGAGACGAGGCACCCGGUGUACCGUGGGGUGCGGCGGCGGAACAGGGGCAAGUGGGUGUGCGAGCUCCGGGAGCCCAACAAGAAGACCCGGGUAUGGCUCGGGACGUACCCGACCGCGGAGAUGGCGGCGCGCGCCCACGACGUGGCCGCGCUGGCCCUGCGCGGGAGGCACGGCGUGUGCCUCAACUUCGCCGACUCCGCCUGGCGGCUGCCCGUGCCGGCGUCCCGCGAGGCGGCCGAGAUAAGGAGGACCGCCAUGGCGGCAGCUGAGGCGUUCCGCCCUGCAGAGGCCGAGGAGGCGGUCUCUUCGUGUGGCGAAGCCAGCGGAGGGAGCGUCUGCCCCGGCCAAGAGGCGAGUGUGCAUAUUGUACAUGAUAAAAAGGUAAAGCAAGAGAGAGAGAGUGAUUGCAUGGAGAUUGAAGAGUCGACAUCGUUCGACAUGAAGGCUUGGCUCGAGCGUCCUCUUCUAUCUCCGACGCCACAUGAUGCCAGCGUUCGUUUAAAGCAAGAGAGAGCGAGUGGUUGCGUGAAGAUUGAAGAGAUGACAUCGUUGGACAUGAAGGCGUGGCUCGAGUGUCCUCUUCUAUCUCCGACGCCACAUGAUGCCGGCGUUCGUUUAAGCUGUGACUUCGAUGCAGAUGGCGAUGAUCCAGAUGUUUCACUUUGGAGCUAUUCCUUGUGACGACGACGACAACGACGACGAUACAAAUUAUGCAGCUUUUCUUUCUUUCUACAUUCUUUUAUCUUCUCCUCUUAGGUAGGGCUUUCCAUCUUACUUCGAUUUUAUUCCUUUUUCCCCCCCUAUUAUCAGCUCGUUAUAGUGUCUCUGGGUCCUGUCGAAUAGGCAGAGUUCUGUGUCAAUAUGUUUGUCGCGUGUAUAACUGUUGUCAUUACUGACCGGACAGACAGCAUGGGUGAUAAUUGUAGAAAGAGUCGAAAUUGUUG